GCCGCGGUGACGACGUGUGUAGCAGGUCGACGCCUCCACGGAAGCGAUCAGUUCCUCGAGCGCAACCACGUCAGCCACUCGUCUGCUGGAAGAGGACGCCGCCUGCUGGGCACUGGUUGCCUUCCGGAGGAAAGAGACGCGAGGCGGAAGAUGUCGGUGCAAGGCAGGGAGGACGUGCGGCACAUCAGGGAGUGGCUGGAGCAUCAGCCACACCUGCCGCAGAUCACGGACGAGAAAAUUAUGCUCUUCCUGCACAGCUGCCAUUACAGCCUCGAGAGAACGAAGAGCACCAUUGACACGUACUUCUCGCUCAAAACAACAGCGCCGGAAUUCUUUAGCGAAAGAAAUCCUGAGAACGAAGAACUGAGGCGAACUGCCAAGAUCAUACAAGUCAGCCCGUUCCCACAGAAGACUCCAGAAGGCUACCGGAUAAUUUUCGGGCGGCUGCUCAACACAGACCCCAGCCAGUUCGAUCUUGCUUCUGCCAUCAAGUACCUGUUUAUGGUCAUCGACGCAGUGCUUAAGGAAGAUGGUCUGAUCCCUGGGUUUAUAAUUGUUUACGAUAUGACGGGUGUCUCCCUCGGUCAUCUGACGCGGAUCAACAUCGCAACAGUCAAGAAGUACUUCAUGUAUGUUCAGGAAGCAAUUCCACUGCGUAGGAGAGGAAUCCACGUAAUAAAUGUGAAUUCUGUCAUCACCAGUAUUAUGAGUAUAAUUAAGCCUUUUAUGAGUCAGGAGCAUAUGCAAGCGCUACAUUUUCACACAUCGAACAACUUCGAAGAAUUUUACAAGCAUGUACCACAAAGAUUAAUGCCAAAGGACUUUAAUGGAGAAAUGACCUCCUGUGAUUCCCUUCACAGUGAAACAAUAAAAAAACUAGAAAGCUACAAGGAUUGGUUCCACGAGGAAGAGUCCUUAAAGUCAGAUGAAAGUAAACGUGACAUCAGAAGUGUGAAUUUGAGUAACGGCUACAGUACAGUUGGGUCAUUCAAAAAAUUGAAUAUAGACUGAAAUAUACAGCUUACAUGAAUUAUGCGCAGCUUCUGACUGCACUCUGCUUUAUUGUGUACUUUCGUAACAAAAGCUUCUUUGUAUCCAGAAUGAAACUUCUUUGUACAUUAGAACAUGACUUAAUGGAAUUUAUUGGCAGAAAAACUGCAAUCAUUCAUCAUUGUUUCUCAUCACUUGUGUAAAUAUUAUUUUAAAUAAGGUGUCUUGAAGUAAGAUACAUUCUGCAAAUUCUCUGGCGCCUAUCCAACAUAGGAUUAAGAUUUUAAAUUCUAACUGUUAAAUAGAGAAGAACACUGUAACAUCGGCUGUAGUUAAUCAGGCAAUACAGUUUCAGAGAUGUGCUUUCUGUAGACAGAAAUUAUUAUGUGCAUACUGAUAUCAGUAAGUUAUCUUUGUAAGAAGCAGAGUUUUUACACCAAAUAUACACAUUGUUAUCCUUCCUUUCUGCAAUGAAAACAUUCCCUACAUUUAAAAACUACAGACAGUGCAACAAUCUUAUGGCUAUACUUUUGGCAGUUAUAGAAAUACUUUAUAGAAUAUCAGUAAUAAAUCUGGUAAAUAUCUUAGUUUUUACGUGUUAAUCUACGUUUUCUUUGUGGGAUCUCACUGUGCAUUGACUGAAUUAAUAAGUCAUAAGUGAGAGAUUUAUUGUUAAAGUCAAAUUUACUGUCACAAAAAUUAAAUCUUCUCUCAAGACGAAAGAUAGAGACUGAAGAGGAAAAAUGCUCACUCGCCUUUUUGUGCCUGCUAAUUUCAAUAGACGAUACACUGUGAUUUUUUUUGUUUCCUUGUGUCACUUCUCAAAUGCUCCCGCAAGAGAAAAAUAAAGUAGACAGUAAAAGACCA